AUGUCGCCGGGUGACAAGUCGGCAAAGGACGAAAAGAAAGAGAAGCGCACGUCCAGAGCAUGUUUGAAUUGCCGUUCGCGCAAGAGCGCAUGCCACUUACCGACCGACGAAUAUGGCAAAGCAACGACACCUUGCGAACGGUGCAAAGCGACCGGUCUUGACUGCGUGAUCGGGUCCAGCAAUCGCGGUGGGCGUAGAGUGCGCAAGCGAACUGUGGACCAAGCCGGUUUCGACGACAAGCCUCCUCAUAUUGAGGAAAGACAACAGACAGCCAGUGCCAUUGACGAGGGAGAAAACGACCAUAUCCAGUUCCAAGCUGACAGAUUAACGCCGAGUAAUCCACGACCGAGUUGGACUUCGGAGUACGGCACCGCUCGCACAAAUGGCAACAUAUUGCAGGAAAUAAACCAGACGCCGGGCAUCAUGCUGGAUCCGGCUCUGCAGGCUGCCGAUUCGAACGCCAGAGAAUCUCUACUAGGCAAUCGUGCAACACGAGAGUCUUCUACAGUGUCCACCAAUAACAUUGCUUUCAAUGACCUACAGAACCCCAGCGACGCUCUCGGCAUACUCGCCCAGAUUGCCAGUCAUGGCGAAAGCGCUCCCGCGCUCAACGUCCCCCAGAAUGGCAUUGGUCCCUAUGGUCAAGCACAACUCGAAUACACCCUGGUCCGAGAUGGUAGGCUGUCAUUAUCGAAGAUCAUUCAGUUGCUUCAACGGUACAAGCACUACUAUCAUCCCUACUUCCCCAUUGUACCAGCCGCAACUCUGGAUGCCGUCAACUUGUCGAAGACAGCCCGAGACGAACCUCACCUCUUGACGGCGAUACUAGUCGUUGCGUCGAGAGACCUUACUGAUGAGCCUAAUGUAUUCGUGGCCUGUUCAGAGCACAUGCGUUCGUUGGUGUCUUCGCUAGCGGCUGGAGGCCCAGGAAACGUCGAAGCAGUCGAAGCGCUUCUGCUCCUCGCCGAGUGGACACCUUAUACGUCGCGGUCAGAUGCUGGACAUGUUGGUAGAGGAGAGGAAGACAGGGAAGCAUGGAUGCACGUAGGCACUGCCCUUCGCAUCGGCUACUUUCUUGGCCUGGACCGAUACAGCUUUGCUGUACGUGGAGACGAUGUCAAGGAUCCUCAGUGGCAACGGAAGCGGCUGGUCUGGACAGCAUGCUAUAUCAGCGACCGUCAGAUAAGCAUACGCUUGGGUAGAGCAUUCUGGUCAAGGGGCCCAGGUCCAUUGACUACUCUUUCCAGAGCAGACUUCCCGAUGCUCGCCCCGGUCAACCCAGGAGACGAAGACUACGCAAGCAUCUUUCAAGCCUCCCUGGAACUCACGCUCCUCUUCUCCAAUGUCCACGAUGUGCUCUACAGUAAUCCAGGAAACAGCAUGCGAAGCCACCUCAGCGGCGGCUACAUCAAAUACAUUGAUGACUUCAGGAGUGCCAUCUAUGGAUGGAAGAGUGUCUGGGGCACCCUGACCUGCUCGCCGCAUCUGAAAGCGGGAAUGCUUAUGGCGUACGACUAUUUACGCCUCUAUACCAAUGCUUUUGCAUUCCACGCCACUGUCAAGCGUGCUCUACCUCAAAUCCAGCAGGGACAGGAGAACAGACGAGGAGCGCAUCCCCAACCAGGUCGUGUAUUCUACAACAACGUCGGUGCAGUCGGUGAUGCUCGCUUCAUCUAUGAGGGUCUCGACGCAGCCAAGAGCUUGUUGAGUAUGGUCAACACGUUUGUCGAUCCUGAGAAGUCGCUACGAUACAUGCCAUUGCGCUUCUACCUCUACUCGGUCUACUCAGGGGUCUUCCUCUACAGGGCAAGAUGCGUUGGAGUUCUAGCAUCAGACGAAGAGCAGUCGGUACGAGCUAUGGUUCAAGAGACCGUCAACAGGCUCGAGCGAUCGGGCAUCGGCAGCCAACAUCCAGGCAGCCGGUACUCUCAACUCCUGCGACUACUCUGGGACAAAGUCGAGCGAAAAGAGCGCAAAGGCAACUCCACGGCAACACUAGCCAAUCCUUACCGGCCAGGCAGUGUUGGAGGACCGACGCCAAAGUCCAAUACCUCAGGGCUGACCCAUGACUCCCCCGCUAUAACGGAACCCAUGGGAGACUUCUCGUGGACAGAUCUAGAUGCUAUUGGAAACUUUGCUGUCAAUGGGAAUGGAGGUAACAUUGCCAAUGAUGCGGAGUGGUGGUCGGGCUUCUUACCUGCGGAUAGUAAUAACUUUUUGUUUGAUGGAUUGACGGGAAUGGAUGAUUGGAAUUUGGGGUUGCAGUGA